CUAGAGGAUAUGAUUGCAUCACCAUCAAAGACUGUGUCGCUACCACCUCUCCGCCGGGAGGACUCGAGAAUGUGUUGUUCAAUGCUACUCGCGUAUGUCCAGCCUUCAACUUUCUGCAUUAUACUAUUUCGCUUGCUAAUAGAUGCGCUUGCAGAACUAUGGGUUCGUAACCGACACGAGGCGUAUCAUAGAUGCCAUUAAGUAUUCUCAGUGACACGCUAACAAUCAGCGGGAGUAGAAUUGUAAUUGUAUCUUGUUCAGCUUGGAGGUGUCCCUACGGGUUACUUGGAGUUUCUAUAGUUUGUGACGAAAAGUAGAACUUGAGAUUGAAGAAUGUCUAUCUCAACUUUGAACGUGUGGCAGAAAUGGUCACGCCACCGCGCCGAAAACGCGUCAGAUCAAGAAUCAUCGGGGCGGAACGCGUCUGCUCUUGAUCCUCAUCACCACACCACUCCUCAAUCAAGGCAAACUUAGAACCGAUGGAGGCAGCUCUGCAAAAGAUAUUAGUAGUUGGAGGGAAUGGCUUCGUUGGUUCUGCUGUGUGCAAACUCGCCCUUGCGCGAGGAUUUCAAGUGACCAGCAUCAGUCGAUCCGGGGCCCCAUACACCACUCCCAAGGGCCAUUCGCCCGCCUGGACUUCCAAAGUGAAUUGGCGAGCGGCCGAUGCACUGAAGCCAGAAACAUACUCUCACAUCCUCCCUGAUGUAACCGCCGUGGUGCAUACACUCGGUACACUCCUGGAAGAUGUAAGGUACAAAACUGCUCUGAAGGAGGGCAAUCUGCCCGCUCUCAUCGGCACGCUUAUAUCGGACACAUUGGGCGGCGGACCCUCGGCCAAUCCACUAGCACGAGGCGCAGACCGCCCUGGGAGCUACGAGCAGCUCAACAGGGAUGCCGCUUUACGAGCUUGCGAGGCGUUCGUCUCGUCUCAGCCCACAGUACGGGUUGAGGGUCCAAGACCAUUCAUCUUCAUAUCCGCAGAGGACGUUUUCCGUCCAUUGAUUUCAGCUCGUUACAUUGAGACGAAACGCGAAGCAGAGCUUGGCAUCGAGCAGAUGAUGACAGGAAACUCGAACUAUCGAGGGGUGUACAUGCGGCCAAGCUUGAUCUACCAUCCCCACUUCCGUCCACUCACCUCUCCUAUUGCCGCUGCACUGGACUUGUCAGCAACCAUACACUCCAAGAUACCCCCGGGUCUGCCCACUCCGUCUGGGCUGCUGCGUUCGCUGGCGUCGAGGCUUCCUACAUCAACCGCGCAACCGCUUGUCUCGCCGUCUCCCUUGGACUCGGUAGCGAAUGCCAUGACCAUCCCGCCCAUCCAUGUGGAUCAUGUUGCUGAGGCCAUUUGCAUCGCCGCGGACAUCAAUAGGCCUGACGUGAGGGGUGUAUAUGGUGUGCGGCAGAUGAGGGAGCUCAUCGGUUGGACGCUGAAGGGCCGACAGCAGACCCCUGUCCCUGCCCAGCAGCAGCACGCGUAGGCCGUAGCUUGUAAAGAUUAAACGUACUGUAAUUCUGUAUUCUACUCCUCUGGCACAACAAUUCUACAUGAAGCCGCCGUAACUUGAGGAGC